AUGAGCAGCAGCGACAUCGUUGUCGCGCCUGUGGCGGACUGGGUUGCGUCAAGGUGUGGCGAGAACACCCUCCAGUUUGCUCGUGGAGAAGAGGAUUAUGAUGGCAUACGCAAGCCCCAUGAGCCCAUUGAGUACGAUGCUUCCAAUCAUCGCAAGCGGUACAUUGCGGGCAGCGUUAGGCAGUUCCUCAGCAAGAUGGCAAGCAGCGUCGUAUCCGAGGAAUGGGUAUACCGUGCUGAUCAAGCCGACCAGCCAGGCAACGCCGUCGCUCGACCAGCCGGUUUCGUUGUAGACGUCGGUGAAGACGAAUGA